GGAUUUUGACUCCAGUUGAAGUGAAACAGAGAGACGACUCUGUUUUCGUCGUUAUACUUCAGAGGUGAGUGGAAAAUCUUCUCUUACUUUCUGAGGUAAAAUUUUCAAUCUAAUUGAAUUUUUUUUCUCAAAAUUUUUUAUUGGAAUUUUUGAGAUAUAAUUCCGUUAUGGGGAAGGCUUUAUAGGGAAUUCAAUAGAGUAAUCAAUAUGUCAUUAUAUGAAUCUGAAAUAUUUAUUUUAUUUAUUUCCGUUUAUUGGUUAACCUUUGAAGUAUGUAACUGAAAAAUGCUAGUAUGAUUCAAAUUUAGAAAAUAAUUCAAUCGUAAAAUAAAUAUUUAUUGGGUUUGAAGUUAUAGAUUUUUUUACUUUUAGUUUAUAAUUUUUUAGAUUUCUGGAUAGAGUUGAUGUUGUGAUUGGGUUUGCUGAUAAUGGAUUCUGCAAGGAGUUGGUUUAAGAAAUUUCAACAAAAGAAUGACAAAGUACAAAAUUCACCAAAGAAAAAGAAAGAUAUAGAAAAUGCAAAGUAUGCACAUAAGCCUCCCAUCGACGGGGCUGGGGCUCCUUCAACUGCCACCAAUCAGAAGGUUGCCGCUGCCAAGCAGUAUAUCGAGAACCACUAUAAAGCUCAGAUGAAGAAUUUGCAAGACAGAAAGGAGAGACGUUGGAUGUUAGAGAGGAAACUUGCUGAUGCUGACUUUACUGCAGAGGAGCAAAUGAAUAUGCUUAAGUUCUUAGAGAAAAAGGAAACAGAAUACAUGCGACUUCAAAGACACAAGAUGGGUGUUGAUGACUUUGAACUUCUGACUAUUAUAGGGAGGGGUGCAUUUGGGGAGGUAAGACUUUGCAAAGAAAAAGCUACCGGCAAUGUGUAUGCCAUGAAAAAGCUCCAGAAAUCAGAGAUGCUUCGCAGAGGCCAGGUUGAGCAUGUUAAAGCAGAAAGGAAUCUCCUUGCUGAAGUUGACAGUGAAUGCAUUGUCAAGCUCUAUUGCUCGUUUCAAGAUGAUGAAUAUUUGUAUCUUGUAAUGGAAUAUCUCCCUGGGGGUGACAUGAUGACGUUACUGAUGCGGAAGGAUAUCUUAACUGAGGAUGAGGCGAGGUUUUAUGUUGGCCAAACAGUUCUUGCAAUUGAAUCCAUCCACAAGCACAAUUAUGUCCACAGGGAUAUCAAGCCUGAUAAUUUAUUGCUUGACUGUAAUGGCCAUAUGAAGCUCUUGGAUUUUGGAUUGUGUAAACCCCUUGAUAGUAGUAGCUUUCCAGACCUUAGAGAGGAUGACCAUGGAGGGGUGAGAACCUUUAAACCGUCAAUGGAGAGUGGUAAACGGUCUAAUCUUCCUUCUGCACCAAGGCGGACACAACAGGAGCAGUUGUUACAUUGGCAAAAGAAUAGGCGAACAUUGGCUUAUUCAACAGUUGGUACACCUGACUACAUUGCCCCAGAAGUGUUGUUGAAGAGAGGAUAUGGGAUGGAGUGUGAUUGGUGGUCUCUUGGGGCAAUUAUGUUUGAGAUGCUUGUAGGAUAUCCACCUUUCUAUUCUGAAGAACCUUUGUCGACAUGUAGAAAGAUUGACAAUGGUGAACAAACUCAUGAUUUUCCUCUUCUGCUACUUAUAAUUAUUGUAAACUGGAGAACCCAUUUGAAAUUCCCUGAAGAAGCCAAGUUAUCUGCUGAAGCUAAAGAUCUCAUUUGUAAACUCCUUUGCAAUGUUGAUCUGAGGCUUGGAACCAAAGGAGCGCAUGAAAUAAAGGCACACCCAUGGUUCAAAGACAUUGAAUGGGACAGGUUAUAUCACAUGGAAGCUGCUUUUAUACCAGAGGUUAAUAGUGAACUAGAUACUCGGAACUUUGAAAAGUUUGAGGAGUUGGGGGCUCAAGUACAAACUUCGACAAAAUCAGGUCCCUGGAGAAAGAUGCUUUCAUCGAAGGAUGCAAAUUUUGUCGGCUAUACAUACAAGAAUGUUGAGAUUGUCAAUGAGCAUCAUCUUCCAGGCAUUGUUGAGUUGAAGAAGAAAAGCAAUGCACCUAAGAGACCUUCUGUGAAGUCAUUGUUUGACACACCAGGACCUCCUGAUCCCCCGACAAAGGGGAGCUUUCUCAACCUCUUGCCAACUCAAUUAGAGGUAUCUGAAGAUCAAUCUACUAGAACCGCACAAUAUUUUCGGAAACCUUUGCAAAGGUAGCUGAAAAUGAUGCUUUCUGCAGGUAAAUUAUUCAUAGCAAAUUGGAAAUGGAAAUGCAAAUCCUUUCCAAUGUUGGAAAUUGGCAAUAAAACAGGUUGAGUCAUCAUAUAGUUUAAAAGGAUUCCUCUUUGUCAAGUAUUAAUCGCUUUUGAAAAUAGCAUAUAUGAUCAUUCCUAGUGCAUCAUAUAUAGAUGGAGUUGGCCUUGUUCUUGUAAAUCCUUUGAAGCUGUGCUUUUGGGGUAGAUUCACUAUAUUGCACUAUUGAAGAAAGACGAAGGCAGAAGUUGAACUGGUUAGUUUAGCCUAGGUUGUUCAUUAUUAACCUUUUCACAUCAGUAGCUGUAGAAACAAAUCAUAAAAAAAAAUAUCGUAUAAAUGUUUCUCUUUUCUUGAUUUGAUUAUUCAACAUCUUAAUACUAAUUGUAGUUGAUUCGUGGUGAUAUAUAUAUGUGACAACAAUGGUAGAGUUUGAUAGAAAUCCCAGAUGGUAUGAUAAGGCGACAAGACAGUUGACGUGAAUAUGUAUCUUUAAACAGAUAUAUGAAGAUAUAGAAUGUCAAAUGAAAAUUAUAUUUACCGUUUGAGUAGCUGAAUCACUAAUACUUUUAUAAAGAUGGGUGACUACAAUUUUAUUUUUCAAUCUUUUGAAUUAAUUUACUAAUCUUAAAAUGUUGGUACGUCAAAAGUAUAAAAUGCAGAGAGGCAAGUUUUCCAUUUCUUUCUUUUCAAAAUCAUGAGUACAGUAUCAGCCCAUUGUGAUUAUCAUCAUCUGAUCGGUGUGUUAAGAUGAUAGAACUUUGGACUAUUCUUUUCCUCUAUUAAAGUGAUUACAGUUUAAAGGAUAUGCGGUUUUCUGAGAGAAAAAAAGCCAGAGCUCCCAUAACUACAAAAAUUAAGAUUUGAGGAUUAAGUACAUAAUUUUAAUUUGGAAAAUGAAGAUAAAAAGAUCAAGAAAGAAAUUCUUGAAGAACGAAGAUACGAAGAAUCAAAGUCUCCAAAGCAUCUACGAAUUCAAGAUCAAAUAUCUUAAAAUAAAGUCUCUUGAAUUUUAACAAAUAAAUCCAAGAAGGAAGAUAUAAAGAUCAAAGCUUCAAGAUCCCGGAAUCCUUAGAUAGGAAUCAAGUCCUUAAAGGAGAACCGAGAUCAAAUCAUCUCUAAAUAUGAUUCAAGUCCCUCGAUGUCAGUCAAGAUCAAAGAAUCGGACUA